AUGAUCGAGCUUCUCCUCAGGUCGCCGUCGUCGCUGCUGGUGACGGCGCUGGGAGCCACAUCGCUGCUCUCCAUUGCAUACCUCGCCUACCUGGCCAUCUACCGCCUGUACCUGAGCCCCAUCGCGGGCUUCCCCGGCCCCAGGCUCGCCGCCCUCACCUACUGGUACGAGUUCUGGUACGACGUGGUGGCCGAGCCCGAGUACACCUACAAGAUCGGGCGGCUGCACAAGCAGUACGGCCCCGUGGUGCGCGUCAACCCGGACGAGAUCCACAUCCUCGACCCCGAGUUCUUUGAUGUCAUCUACGCGGGCAGCGGGCGCAAGCGCGACAAGUGGGACUGGAUCACGCGGUCGUUUGGCGUCGACGAGAGCCUGAUCGGCACCCUGGCCCAUGACGAGCACCGCGUGCGGCGCGCGGCGCUGUCGCCCUACUUCUCCAAGCAGAGCGUGCGCGCCCUGCAGCCGCUCAUCGACCGCAACACGGGCAUCCUGCUGCGGCAGCUGGCGGCGCUGGCGGGAGUGGGCGAGGGCAGGGGGAGCGCGCCGCUGCGGCUGGACGACGCGUACGCCGCGCUGACAAACGACAUCGUCGAGGACUACGCCUUUGGCCGCAGCGAGCACCGCCUCGAGGCGCCUGGCUUCGACCCGUCCUUCCGCAACGCGAUGAUGCAGGGCGGCAGGGCGGCACACGUGCUCAAGCACUUCCCCGCCGCCACCGACGUCCUUCGCAGGCUGCCCGGAUGGCUGCUGCUCCGGCUCAGCCCGGACAUGGGUUCUUACACUCAGCUGCAGGAGGGCAUCAAGGAGCAGGUGGCCGAGCUGCAUUCUGCCCACGCCGCCCGCGCCUACGACAGCAGCCGCCGCACCAUCUUCCACGAGAUCCUCAACAGCAAGCAGCUGUCGGACCACGACAAGACCCCCGGCCGCCUGUGGCAGGAGGGCGAGGUCGUCGUCGCCGCGGGCACCAUCACCACCGCCUGGGCCCUGGGCGUCGCCACCUACUUCCUGCUGGCGACACCUCCCAUCCUCUCCCGCCUCAAGGCCGAGCUCGAGGCCGCCGUGCCCAGCCGCGACGCCGCGCCCCCGAGCCUGCUGGCGCUGGAGCAGCUGCCGUACCUGACAGGCGUGGUGCAGGAGGGCGUGCGGCUGUCGCACGCCAUCACCCACCGCCUGCACCGCAUCUGCCCGGACGAGACGCUCGUGCACCGGGACGCCGCCAGCGGCAGGGAGUGGCGCAUCCCGCCCGGCACGCCCGUGAGCAUGGCCAGCAACCUGGUGCACCACGACGAGCGCGUGUUCCCGGACCCCAACGCCUUCCGGCCCGAGCGCUGGCUCGAGGGCAGCAGCCGCCUCGACCGCUACCUGGUGUCGUUUGGCAAGGGCGGCAGGGCGUGCCUGGGCAUCAACCUGGCCUACGCGGAGCUGUACCUCACCCUCGCCACGCUCUUUCGUUCGUACGGGUCCGCCGAGGUCCGCGGCAAGGACGACAUCGGCACGCUGGAGCUGUUUGAGACGAGUGCUAGCGAUCUCGUCAUGACGACCGGCGAUGUUGUUCCUGUCAUGGCUGAGGGCGACUCCAAGGGGCUGCGAGUCAGGGUCCAUUCCACGCAGAGGGAUGUGAGCAUGUAG